AUGAAGUCCAAUUUAGACUUAAGAGAAAUAUUUUCUGAUGCCACUGGUACAAUAAUCGUUCAUUUUACUGUCAUAAUUGCCCGAGCUGUCAUUUAUUCUGAAGUUAUUAAGUUGAAAAAUGUACUAAAAAAAUUUCUGAAGUACUAUUUUAUAUUGCAUUUAAUUGGUACAACAAAUUCACAGUUCAGUUUCAACUGGGUUUCUUUCCAAAAUGGUUUCGAGAACAUUUCUUCAGAAGCCCCAUAUCAGAAAAUCUUGAACGAAGAACUUUAUAUUAAAACGCUGCGAGGUGAUCCAAAAAUUACUACUUUCGUUAUCGACGAUAGCGUGCUCGCGGAUAAUCCAAACAAAUCUCAGGUAUUUCAUAAUUCAAAGUCCAUCCGAUCGAGGCAGCUUUUUCAACGUUCCUUAUCAACUUUACCAGAUUUUUCAAUUGAAAAAAACCCAAGAGAUCGUUCAACACUACUCACUGUUAUUUUGCCUCGUUCUCCAACCAAUUUCGGCCAAUUCAUCGCUAAAGUUGUUGACAUUUCACCAGUCGUAAAUCUAUCAGAACGCGAUAUCAAUCGGACAUUUUUAGCUUCGCCAUCAGAUUUUAAGACUAUCAGCAUUCAUGGCCUUCAUCCUGGCCAUCAGUACAGUGUUACAGUGCUUGGUAGACGAAAAGGUGAAUCGCAGCUAAUUAAAGAAGAAACAGUGAUAACAGAUCCGGUAGCACCAGAUUUCUCGUCAUCUAAUGCAUCCGUCCUUUCUUUCCACACUAAUAUUACUCUACGAGCGUUGAAACCUGAAAAAGCUCUACAGGAUAUCUACCAAAUAUCAUAUGUACAACUUGAUCCGUUACGAAAUUUUCCGAAACUUGAAGUUAAUGACAUUCCGGAACAAAGAUAUAUAGAAAUUUAUCUUGGAAAUUUGAUGCCUGGACAAGAUUAUAAUGUUUCUAUUACACCACAAAUAAAGGAUAUCGAAGGUCGACCUUGGAAUGGCAUCCUAACAACAAAACCUUAUUCACCAGAAAAUUUAACGGUAAUAGAGCUCAAUACUUCAUGUUUACGUCUUUCAUGGUUCUUAACAUCAAGGACAGGUGCUGAUUCAAUUUUGAUCAGUUAUCGGCUUGACAAUACCAACAAUCCGUUGACUGAAGUCACAGUACGAAGUAACCAAAGAUCUGUCGACAUAUGCAAUGGUUUACAACUUGGACGAACGUACAUAUUCAUUGCAAAAACGAAGAAAAACAGUGAAACAUCAGAUGAUAUCAAGCUGCUUUAUACGGUGAAACCAAAGGCACCUGAAAAUUUGAAAAUUUUAACAGAUUAUGAGAAGCGGAAAUUCAGACUGGUUAUGGAUAUAGCGUCAGAAUCUGAAAGUUAUGUAGAAAAAUGUUUCGUCAGUUUGGUAAACGAAAAAUUAAAUGUCAUUGAAAAAUUAUCAAGCGUUGACAGUACAAACAGCACCUCAGCUGCCAGAGAAUGUUCAAUCUAUGUAGAUCUACAUCCCGGUCAACGUUAUGAAGUUUCUGCAAAAACAAUUAGCGAGAACGCAUCGAGUAAUAUUAUCUCUAAAAGUUUUGCCUUACAACCAGCUUUUGAUAUGGAAACCUUUGGAUUACAGCUGUCAGAAUCCGAUGGAACUUUGAUGCUAAAAUGGCCCGUAGCCGAGAUGGCUCAAGCACGACUGGAUGACGUUUGGGAAAAUAUUGUUGGUCCAGAUAGCACGUUACAUCUACGCGUCGAUCCGCUGAGCAAGUCGAUGUGGCAUGAACAGUCAAAACGCUUUGAACGAAGACAAUAUGAACGUGAUCCUUUGACUAUUCCAAAGCUUAGACGUGGUGCUUGUUAUAGGGUGCAAAUUUAUACAGUAACAAAAAGCGGCAUUGCUAGUGCACAGAAAUUUGAAGAAUUUCUUCGGAUCAGUGCACCAAAAGUCAAUAUAACGACAAAAGAAAUAGCGAAAAGCACAGCUUCUUUUCGAGUAAUUCUCGAAUCACCUGUUAUUUUCGAUCCUCCGGAGUGCAAUUUACAUAUCGUAGUACUAGAUAUGCGAAAUAUAACCAUUUAUGACCGCACUACACCUCUGACACCAGAAAUAUCACCCGUUGUUUUAGAAGGGCUACGGCCUUAUCACCGUUAUAUUAUUAGAUCCCAGGUCAUCUGUGGUAAAGUAAAUGAUAUGAAUUGUUUGCCAAAACUUCGGGCAAUGGAACCAAUCUUUUUCGAAACACGGCAAGAUCGACCAGGACCAGUACGAAGUCUGAUGGUGCGCAUAUUGAAUCCGUACAGUGUACAAUUAUUUUGGCUACCGCCAUCUUUGCCAAAUGGCAUUAUUACACAUUAUAUUAUUGGCAUACAUUCUGUGGAGGAUGAUCGAGAAGGUGACUGGUCAGUGAGUGUUGGUGCUGCAGUGAAUUCUCCACCGCUGUCUUUUUAUGACAGCAAUACUAAAACUAACAAUAAACAACAACCGAUCGAAGCAGUUGUGGAUAAUUUAGUUGGUGGCUUAAGAUAUCGGAUGGAUGUUCGAGCUGUUACGGAAGCUGGUGAAGGUGAUUAUAGUGCUGCAUCUGAUACUGUACACGUCGAAAUGCCCAUUUUACCUCCGCCACGUCCUUCAUCACGCAUUGAAAUAGUGUACAACACAAUUCAUAGCACAGAUAUGGGAAUACGUUAUAGCACAUCGAUGUUCAAUACAAAACAUGGAUAUCUAAAGAAAUCUGCUCUAAUUGUUGCUGAAGUUAACAAUAACAAUGAAAAUACAAUCAACUCUAUCACAGACAGUCAAAACAAAACAUUUACAUGGGGUCAAGCACAACAGUUCGAUUUAUGGCCAGCAUACAUUGCGGUUGAAACAGCGAUCGAACCACUCCGAAAAUUUAUUCCACCACAUUUUGUUUCUGAAAUAAUAGGUGCGGACGGCACAUGUAAUGAUAUCGAAGUUGAUACCAUUUGUAAUGGACCACUGAAGCCAGCAACGUCGUAUCGUUUUAAAUUACGGCUGUACACAUCACCAGAUAUGUGGACUGAUUCAGAAUAUUCCGAAAUCGCUACUACAAAAGCCUCGCCGACAUUGUUUACAUUGGGUAGUGUGACGACAGUGCUGUUACUUCUUCUGGUUGUUGGUAUUGCUUCUUUAACUACAUUUUUCGCUUGGAAAAAACGCAGGAAGUCUUGCCCUCGAAUAUACGGCAGUCAGCAGCAUCCGUAUACUUAUUCACAACAGUUUAUCGGAGAAAGAGAAGAUAGGGAAGUAACGCGAAUCGGAAUUGGCGUUUUAAGACCAAAUUUUACUUACUCGACAUCUUCCAAUCAGCAUAAACAAGAGCAGAAUACUACUGGUGACGGCGAAGUUUUCUCGCACUGGGUAGUUCUCAAGAUGAUAAUGGCCGAACGAGCAGCUCAAUGUUUAGCAAAACUCGGUUUGAACACUGCCACAACCACAGCUACUUCUACAAAUAUUCUGCAUCCGCAGACAAGUCAACCUCAAAAUAUCAUUACUACAACGGAUUCAACCGCGAUGGUUUCUGCAAAACCGAAUGAUUUGGUAACCACAUCCGGACAUCAUCGAAGAUCUCGUAGUUUACGCGAACGCACGGGUGUUGAUCAGCGUCUGGAGCGGUUGCCUAGUGGACCGGUAACAUUACAGAAAUUUACACCACAUACAGUCAUUUCAGGAAGCAAUAUUGAUAAAAGUAGACCGGUACUUGUCAAUAAUUUCGCUGAACAUGUGCGACUGAUGUCAGCUGAUUCUGAUUUUCGAUUUUCUGAAGAAUACGAAGAUCUCAAAGUGGUGGGACAUGGACAAACAUGUAUAGCAGCGGACUUAACAGUGAACCGAGCAAAAAAUCGUUUCACCAACAUAUUACCAUACGACCAUUCUCGUGUAAAGCUCAUACCAAUUGAUGAUGACGAUGGCUCAGAUUACGUUAAUGCUUCUUACAUUUCUGGUUUCAAUUCACGUCGUGAAUUUAUCGCAGCACAAGGACCUCUUCCUUCGACGCGUGAUCAUUUUUGGCGAGUUGUUUGGGAACAACAUUGUCCGGCAAUAAUUGCUCUAACAAAAUGUGUCGAGAAAGGACGUGAUAAAUGUCAUCAAUACUGGCCUGAUAAUGACCAGCUCAGCGUUCUUUAUGCUGACAUUGAGGUGACAUUAAUGAACGAAACGGUAUAUAAGGAGUUCACAGUACGUGAACUUAGAUUAACAAAUAUCAGUGAACCAGUCGCACCUUCUCGAACGGUAAAACAUUUGCAUUAUAUGGCAUGGCCUGAUUUUGGUGUUCCUGAAUAUGCUGCUGGUUUAGUGCGUUUUGUUCGUCUUUUCCGAACUCGACUGCCACCCUCACCUAGCAACAAACCAACCGUUGUUCACUGCAGUGCUGGCGUCGGUCGAAGUGGUACAUUUAUAGCUCUUGAUCGCUUGAUGCAGUGUGCUGCGAAAAAUUUACCGCUCGAUGUUUUUGGCAUCGUUUAUGAGAUGAGGCUUGAUCGUUGUCAUAUGGUGCAAAAUGAGCAGCAAUACAUAUUCAUCCAUCAUUGCUUGCUCUAUGUUUUGGAAACGCAAUAUGACAUGACUACAAAUUUGAUAGGUAAUAGUCUGUCGCAAGUUGGAAGUAACCAAGGAACUACAACUUUUCUCAGUGAUAACGUUGUUAUCGACUUUCCAAACAGUAUCACCAGUAACGACGUUGGGAACAACCUAAGUGCAGGGAUCACAGAAAAUGACAUUCAAAUAAUAAGCAGUAAUGGGAGCACCACAUUUAUUGGAACUGGACUUCAACAUCAACCAGAUACCACAUGGAUUACCCCUCCUCGUGUCGAAGUACAUCUGAAUCCAGCAUUCGAUGAUGAUGAAGGUAUUGCUGAAUCUGGCUUGUAA